GAUCUCCCUUUUACAAAACUUCCACCAAAUACUGCUCCACCUGUGCUCAGAUCACUCAUUACCGCUGCAACUGGCCAGGAGGUGUGAAGUGUCGGUCCACCUGAGAAUCCUGAGCACCUCAGUUGGGAAUUAAAUAAUUUUAAGAAGAACAAAAAAAAAACUUCAGAUUAUUUCUGAAGAAAGUGAAAUUUUUUUGUGUUUCCACAAAAGUUACGUGAAUUGAGUGAUUUUGUGAGAAGAAAUUCCCGUGCAGAUAUUGCCAAUUAACACAAUAUCGGAUUAGAAGCAUUAAAAUGUUGGACAUAUUUAAGAAAUUAUCCUUCCUGUAUAAACCAUAUGUGUUGGGUGUCCUCACAAUUGGAUAUAUUGUGGGCGAACUGGGUCACUACUUGAUUGGUGUCACAUCCAAACAGACCGCCAGAGAACUCAUCUACGGAGAUAUAUCUUGCCAACUCAACAGUACAAGUUUCAAGUUGUCAGAACUUCCCGUUGAUUGCAGCACAGUUGAGACGGAGGAAGAGUGCAUGCUGGUGGAGAAAGAUGGAAUUUCCUAUUGUGAGUGGAAUUACAAUGGACUUGGCCUUGAUUAUCAACUUCUCGCCGGUCCCAGCUUCAUUGCCGUCUUCACGGUGAUGGGCGUGAUUCUGGGAAUUGCUGCAGAUAAAUACAAUCGUGUACGAAUGCUCUUCGUCUGCACGCUCAUCUUCUCCGUGGCCAUAAUCCUACAGGGUGCUGUUACCGAGUAUUGGCAAAUGGUUGUGCUGAGGAUGGUGAUGGCACUCGGGGAGGCUGGAUGCAAUCCACUAGCCACGGGUAUCAUGUCAGAUAUUUUCGAUGAGGGCAAACGUGCCCUUGUUAUGGCUAUUUUUAACUGGGGUAUCUACGGAGGCUAUGGCAUUGCCUUUCCUGUUGGACGGUACAUCACACAGCUGAAUCUCUUUGAUCUAAGCUGGAGGAUUUGCUACUAUGGCGCCGGGGUGUUGGGCCUUAUUCUCGCCAUUCUCACGGGUGUGACCCUGAAGGAACCUGAGAGAUUGACUAUUGGAGAAGAGUCAACUACACAAGAGAAGAUUAGCAUCUGGCAAGUUCUCAAGCAGCCGAGAAUUAUUCUUCUAAUAAUAGCCUCUUCAAUCAGACACUGUGGAGGUAUGACCUUUGCAUACAAUUGUGAUCUCUACUACACCAGCUACUUCCCGGACGUGGACCUCGGGUGGUGGUUGUUCAUUGUGACCGUGGGCAUCGGAAGUAUUGGCAUUGUUGUGGGUGGCGUUGUCUCCGACAAGAUUGUGGCUAAGAUGGGUGUUCGUUCUCGUGUGGCCGUCCUAGCUAUUAGUCAAUUGAUUGCCGCCCCAUUUGCCUUUGGCUCCGUCUACUUUGAACCACUAUGGGCUAUGAUAACACUUGGAAUUAGUUAUUUCUUCGCUGAAAUGUGGUUUGGAAUUGUCUUUGCAUGCCUCGUGGAAAUUGUACCAAUGGGAGUUCGAUCGACCACUGUAGGUAUCUUCCUUUUUGUCAUGAAUAAUGUUGGAGGAAAUCUACCAAUUCUCGUGGAUCCUGUGGCCAAGGCUAUUGGCUACAGAGAAUCCAUUUCCAUCUUUUAUGCGGGAUUUUAUUUGAUAAGUACAUUGCUCUUCUUCAUCACCAUGUUCUGGAUGGAGGGCCCGAAGAAGGAACAAACAACUUCUACGGACACCCGCAGAGAUUCCAGUCCCCGAGAUUACGGACACGACAAUAACACAUUCAGCACAGCCGAUGAGACGAAUCUCGCUACAUUGAGAGCCAAUGGGCACACCAAUUAUGGCAUCCGCAAUGAGAAUAGCAGACUGUGAUUGUAUAUAAAAAGAAAUACGCAGAAAUCUCACACACUGUGCACAAAUUUUUUUUUUCAAUAAAGAUUUCAGUUAAAAAUAUUGAAAAA